AUAUGCAAGAUUGAAGCGAAGUUAGCGAAGCACUGUGCUGCAGAUCUCCUGCCAAGAAGACGGCGCCGCCAUUUGUCGGACAUCAACGGUGUUGCCGUCGUUGUCUAUUGCAGCUCCCACUUGUUCAGUCUUGUGUGUUUUGUUUGAUAAACCAAGAGAUGGUAGUACACGAAACAAGUUAUAAAACGUCACUUUUUGAGGUUAAUUUAACAACUAAAAUUAUGUUAGUUAAUCAUGAAGCAAUCAUCUGUUUACUUCGUACUUCGUAGUCUGGUAUAGUUGGGUAGUAUCUUCUCUUCUCAUUCUUAGUGGUUCACGUACGGUAUAACAAUGUUUUUAAAAGAUUGUUGAUAAUAAUCAAUCACUGACGACAAGUUUAUGAUAAUGAAACUUUCAAAUGUGAUGUUUGACUAUCCAGUACCUUGACCACAUCAAGAAGAGAACGUAACAUUGUGAUCUAUUUAAUUUCAAAAGCAAUAUUGCUGCCAAAGUGAGAGACCACGAAACUCAAGGUUCCUAUUGGGGUAGAAUCUAUCAGUGGAUCUAAAACAUGCCUAAUUAUUUUUACUGGAGCAAUACUGUGGAAAAUUUCCUUUUUAAAGGAUGUUCUGUCAAUUCAAAUCGAGGUCUAACAGGACUUUGCUUCAUAAUAUUUGUGAUGGCGUUUAUGUUUGAAUACUUGAGAUAUAUUCAAACUAUUCACAAACAAAGGGAAUUGAAACUGAGGGUAAAGCAACUAAAACUACUAUGUCCAACAGAAAGUGCUAGUUUGCUUCAAAGGUCAAUUACAGAUCCUACUAAUCCAUUUAAUAUCACUUUAUUUGAUAAGGCCCUUUUAUUCAGCACUGAGGUAUCGCUAUGGUUGGUGCUCCAGAACUUAGGUUACUUCAUCAUGCUGAGUGUCAUGAUGUAUGAUGCUUGGUUCCUAGUAUCUGCUGUUUUGGGCGGUGGUGUCGGGUACUACGUUUUUGGACAGAGUUUCAUGAGAAUCAAUAUUCAAAACUGCCAACUGAUGCGAAGCGCGUUUUGCACGCAGAUUUGUGGUGAGCUGGCAAAAAUUCAGACUGGAAAUCCUCAAAACGUCCAACAAUAUGACCUGAUCUGAACCCUGUGUCCUUUAUCCUGCCUGGUGAUAACCUGUGCCAUGAAAUCCAUUGGUAACCUGAAUUCAUAUACUAGUUAUGACAGACCAAUACUUGAUUGAUUGUUGUUACUUGCUUAUAUUAUAGCAUGUUGAAUUAAAGAAAUCCGAAAAUACAAUGGUUCUACGUUUCAGUGGUAUGCAUACAUUAAUAGUUUACAAACUAUUUUUACUACAAACUAUGAAAUAGUACGAGGGUAACGUGAAAAGUUCGCGCAUCGACAAUGAAAAACUGCGAUUUUCGGUUAGAAAAAUGAAUAUUUUUCUAUAUAAUCCCAUUAGACUCCAAUAUUAGGAGUCUUUGGAUGGAAUUGAGUGGAAGACUAUCAGAAUAUGCAUCUUUGAUCCUCUCAACUUCUUCAUCGAAAGAAAGAAGUUUUUCCAGAUUUGGGAGUAGAAGGAAUUUUGAGACUGCCAAAUUAAGAAAAUCAUACAAUUUCCCCAUUGCUAACACACCUUUGUGAGCACGUGCGUUUAAGCCAGGCCUCUUCUCAAGAACUUAUUUAUCCAAUUGAUCAAAGAGGUUGAGAUAGUAUUCAUACGUAAUUGUUCUACCCUUUCAAGGCAAUCAAUUAACAAACUAUCUUUCAUACCCCAAAACACACUAGCAAUAAUAUUUCCUGCAGAUGCAGUCGACUUUGCUUCUUUAGCAUUGAACCACCGGAUUCUGCCCACUGCUUCACCCUGCUUUUUGUUUCUGGCAUUUAGUAGUGAACGUCUUUCAUCCAUGGUAACGAAUUGCCACAUAAAAUCGUCGGAUUCCUACUGAAUUGAUCCAAACAUUGGUGUGUUUGUUUCCGCAUUCGCUUUUGAUCGGCAUUAGCAAAUGCGGCUCAACUUACGCAGAGCUUCCGCAUCAGCAAUUGUUUGUACAUGAUGCUUCACAUCCUUUCUCCCGAUGUCUCCACGACCUCGCGUAUAAAAGAUGCAAAAAAGCGGACCAGUCGAUUUGACUGAAAAAUCAUUAUAAUUUCUCGCCUUCCUGAACAAAGGUUCUAAUGAGACCAAAGCAAUCAUAUGAUUAAUAGAAGGAUGAAGUUCGUUCGAUUUGGAAAAUAGUGAAUGUGUUGAUUAUAGUUCUCAGACCAAAUACUCGAAGAAUUGUAAUCCUUCAUAGCCAUAGGCAGGUGUCAUGUUUAUCUUGACCAUGAUGCUUAGAAGGUGGAUUGAUGAAAAUGGAAAUGCAGCAUUGUGCUCGAAGAUUGCUUGCUAGUCUACAUCGGCGGUUAAAUCAAUAAAUCAAAUGAACUCCCGUCUGGAAAACAUUUGUCAUUAAUUUGAUUUGCACUGCCGUGGCAGCCGAAAGGUGUAGUAAACAUUGAACAUAUGUGUUUUUAUUUAUUUGCCAGUGUAGGAGAUGUAUAAGUUGCAGCAACUUAAAAUAGUUUCACACAUGUGCACUUUCUCUUUUGAAAUAAACAUGAACUGUACUUUAUAGUGAGUUUUCGAAUAACUCGUGCCAAAUCUGUUUCAUCUCCGACGUAAAAAAAUAAAUUGACUUCAAAUUAAACUUGUAAGGAGCAUGAGCAAGAUCAGCACCACAUCUUCCAAUACCUUUCUACAAGGUUUUCAAUGAAAUAAUAUACUCAGUGCAACAAUUAUUCGAGAUCUACAAUGGACACAUUCACCAUUUUUGCAAUUUCGGAAAACUUCACCCCCCUAUUUCUCAGAAGCGAAUCAUAGGAUUGCUUUGGUCUCAUGAGAACUUCUCUUCAGGAACAAGUUAAAUAUAUCAUACUGAAUAUUUUAGGCAAAUCGACUGGGAGCCAUUUUCCGUAUGUUUUGUGCAGGGUCCUUUGUGUAAACAAACUACAAACAACUAUUUUUCUCCUUAGGAACCGUUAUAUAAAGUUGAUAUUUUUGAGCCAUGAACGAUUUGAAGUGAAAUGAUCAUUUUAUCACUUAAAUAAUAAAAAUCAUAAUUUUAGGUUUGUCAAGUGUUUAAACCUCAAACAUUUCGAGGACAAUUUUGGACAGUUUCAAUUUAAAGCAGUGUUAUUUAAUUGUUAAUUACGCCCUAUGGGCACGCAAGUCGGUGCUUCGUACAUAGCU